AUGAUGACGAAACUUGAGAAGCUUGACGGAAUAGAAGCAGACAUGAAAGAGAUAAAACAUUCCUUGGAAUACGCGCAUGCUGAAAUAGCAGAUUUAAAACAGCAAAAUGAAACAAACAAAGUAAAUCAAGAACAAGCAAGAGAAAGAAUUGGAAAACUGGAGCAAGACAACGCCACAUUGCGUAACAAAAUAGUAGACCUACAAGCGAGAUCCAUGCGCGACAAUCUACUGUUCUUUAAUAUACCUGAACGCGACCAAGAAAAUACCACCGAAAUCAUUCAUGAACUACUCGAAACGAAAAUGGAAAUACGCGACGCACGGAAUAAAGUCAAGAUUGACCGGUCCCACCGAAUUGGAAGAAAAAGAGAGAGAAAUCGCAAACCACGUCCAAUCAUAGUCAAGUUCAAUUAUUAUCAAGACCGAGAACAUGUGCGGAUCAACGCGAAGAAAUUUAAAGGAACGAAUAUCGGGGUAUCUGAACAGUUCCCUGAAGAAAUUGAAAGCGUAAGAAAGACAUUAUAUCCCGAACUGAAAAAAGCUAAAGCCGAAG